GAGGACGGAGGGUGCCGGAUGAAGUGUCUGCGUGUUGUUCGGCAGUUGAAGGAGGACGUGUGGUGUCCUGGAAAUCGUCCCGUCAUCACAUCACAGCAUCUCCAGAUGAUCCUCCUCUGGGAAUGUGAACAGAACCCGUCCUCGAAGUCAUGGCUGGAUUUUGGUUCCUGUUUCCUUCGUCUGGUCCGCAGACUUCUGAAAUGUUCCAGGCAACGCUUCCUGCGCCAUUUUUUUGUCCGACGGGCCAAUCUGCUGAAAUACGCCGAUGCCAACCAUCUGGACAACCUCGCUGACAAACUGGCCCGCUUCCUGCAGAGGCCCUCCCUGGACAUGGCUUCAUUGGAUGGCCUCUCUAAUUGUUAG